UUUCUGGGAACUUUAUAGAAACCCCCUGAGCCCCAUCUCAAAUGCCCAGAAGCAAGACCUGUUCUCACGAACUAGAUUCCCUCAUUAAAGCCCAAACUGAAUUUAUGCAUAAAUUUCCCUCAUUUUAUGCCUUUAUUAAUUUAUGCGCAUUUUUAAUUUAUGCACCCCCAGCCAUGUGCAUAAAUUAAGGUUUUAGUGUAUGCAAAUUUACUUUUAAAUACUGACUGACAGUCUUACCCUUUAAAAAGGCCAAAACACCAGGCCGAAACGUCGGGAAAAACGUUACCAGUCAUUUUUGGUUUCCCUUAACUGAGAAAGACAGUUAAAAAUAAUUAGGCAGCAUCCAUUUAUUACGUAACGCUGAAAUCGACAUUUUUCAAAUCCCCCUCCCUCCCUCCAUAACGCUUUUUUGUAUGAAAACCCAGAAUUUUUUGUAUGGGCCGUAACGCUCGGCCAUACUCCCCCCUCCCCCUAUAGCGUUACGUAAUUUGUGGACGGCACCUUAUCAACAAGUUGUGAUUAAAUAUGAUCACAGAAACAGAUAUUCUCCAACAAUAUUACACGCAAAGGAAGAUAGCAAUAUUUAAACGUAACAAUCAUGUGGCAAUCGUACUGUGGACGUGCUCACUCAAAAGUAACUCGAGCACUAAUCAGUCAAUCAACAAAUCACUGCAACCGAGCUAAUUUAUUCCCAUGCCAAUCGUGUUCUUUUGCUUGCAAAAGAUCUUUCUUUCCAAAAUUUUACUGAAACCGGUUUCCUGUUUGAGGUCAGAGCGUUGCUGUAAGAACGUUGAAUUUCACCGGUUUUCUGUUUUGCUCCCACUCGCAUAUGAACAUGAAGGGAAAUGUUAUGGAUUCACAUGAGAAUCUGAUCCGGAAGCAACCGAUGCUCUAGCCGAUGCUCCUUGAUGCUCUCAGACAAGAAAACCACAAGCUCUCCGUCAGAUGGAUUGAUCGAGGAUCUGUAUUGCUUUCACCACCCUUUCACUUCUGACACAUUUGGCUUUGAUUUAACGAUCCUCUGCGUGGGUUCCUGCUUAAAUAAGACCUUCCAGAAUGCGAACGUUAUCAGUUCGGGUCGUGAACACCCUUGAGAAGAAAGCUAUACGUCUAUCGUUCCUGCACGAAUUCUAGAAUGCUCAGGAUCAGUGUAAUCAUUUCGCUUCUAGUGUUGAACUUUUUCCGUGACGUGACAGCAUUUGAUGACAUUCAGUGUCGAAUAUGGUGCCAUUCGCAACCGGCCGUACAGACAGCCGACGGCUGCCUUUGUGGAACUAAAAUGGAUGGAUUGGAAGCGGGACCGUUCGAUGCCUUCGUUGGAGUUCCGUUCGCAAAGCCACCCGUGGGUGCACUGCGGUUCGCGAAUCCAAUUCCGAUCAACCGGUGGGAAGGGCCCCUCAACGUCACCACCACCAAACCAAUGUGCAUUCAGAAGUACGACAUCUUUCCCCUCGCCUCGGUAAGGGGUCAGGAGGAUUGCCUCUACUUGAACGUAUACCGCCCGAAGAAAUGCAGAAAGAAGAAGUUACCGAUCAUGGUGUACAUUCAUGGCGGAGGGUAUAUCGGAGAAAGUGCAGAUCCGCGGGUGAUUGGGCCGGAGAAGUUCAUGGACACCCGGAAGGUCAUCUUGGUUAGCUUGCAGUACCGAUUGGGACCGUUUGGGUUCCUAUCGAGUGACGAUUGUUCGGCACCGGGAAAUUUCGGAUUGAAGGAUCAAUCGAUGGCCUUGCGAUGGGUUCAACGGAACAUCGAAAGUUUUGGAGGAGAUCGACGUAGAGUGACGGUGUUUGGGCACAGUGCUGGAGGUGCUGCGGUACAGUUUCACAUGAUGAGUCCGUUGAGUGAAGGUUUGUUCUCGAAGGCGAUAUCGCAGAGUGGGAGUGCUCUGUCUUUCUGGAGUAAGCAGUAUCCCGAUCAACUCGGGUUGGUCCAAAAACUGGCGAUUGCUGCAGAAGUGGAGGGAGCAGUUCGAAUGAAUUCGCGGGAGUUGAUCAAGGCGCUGCGAAAGGUCGAUGCGUCAAUGUUACUCCUGAGUGUGGAUAAGCUGAAGUUUUGGCACAACCAACCGAUAAUUUUGUUCCGGCCGGUUGUGGAGAAAUACGUGGAUGACGAAACAUUCCUCAGGGAAGAUCCUAGGGAGCUCUGGGCUACGGGCCGGUACCAGAAAAUUCCGUGGAUGACGGGUUACCUUCCGGAUGAUGGAAUAGCUGUGCUGUUGUCAAUAUUUACCGACCUUCUUGAGCCUUUCAUCGCAAAUCAACAGGAGUUGCUCCCACUGUUGACGGAUGUUCCUCCGACCUCUGGGCCAGCUGUGCUUGAGAGAUUCUUCGGCGGAAAUCCGAUUGGUCCAGAAAAUGCGUUUGCAUUAACUGAGGUCAUGUCCGAGGUAGGAUUCAAAUACCCCAUGAUGGAAAGCAUCCUUCAACAUCUGAUCAAUGAUCCUCAAUCGGAGUCACCAGUUAGCUUGUACUACUUCAACUUCAAAGGACGAUACUCUUGUUCAACAAUGUUGCCGAUCUUUACCGGACCUGACAGUGGUGCCUGCCAUGCAGAGGAACUGAUGUACCUAUUUCGUCAACCGAUACAGUACCUCGAUUUCCCGAAGGAUUCGCCGGAAGCCGCCAUGUCACGACUACUGGUCAACGAGUGGAUCAAUUUUGCUACAAAGGGUAAACUUAGCCUGCCGCAACGAGGAGGCAGUGAGCGACCUUCGCAGCAAAUAGGAAUGGUAGAGUUCACCAAUUCGAAUGGUCCAUCGGGGGUAACCACUAUCCACCGUGGUUUUGAGGAUGCGAAGAUAGCUGAGUUGUGGAAUUUGCUACGCUGGUGGAAUGUCGUUCGCGUACAGUGAUGAAUCACUGCUUUCAAUUGGCUAUAAAGCUGAUGGAAGGUCAUUGCUCUUAAUUUAUCUGGAUUACAUUGAAGAAGUAAACAUAAAAGAUGUGAACAUUAAACAACCCUUUCAUAUCCGAGUUGCUCUCCACCUCCAGUUUUCUUUCUGUUACUUAAUACUGGUUACCUAUAUUUGCAAGAAUGGGUACGUUGCAGAUGGCUUAAAGUUGUUAAAUUGAUAUCGACCCAGCCAUGGAAGGGUUAACACCAAAGUCAACUAGCUGGGACACAGAAAGCCACAAAAGCCGGUGACGAGAAUGACGACGACGACGACGACGACUAAAACGUACAAAGCCGAUGGGGUUGUUGUGGUCCAGCGGAAAGUCAAUAUACCAGAGGAGGCUAUAUAGGAGCAACGACAACGACGACGACGACGGGAAGUGAAAUCGAUACGGCUGCCAGCCUGAUUCUGACGCUGAUCCAUCCAACCAGCACCACUAAUCUCUCCAGACCGAUGUGCAGCGUUGAGAUACUGUUCUGGUUGGAAUAUGGUACGGUUUUGUUGUUAAUUGCGGGUAGGGUAUGAAGUUGCAUCCAUGCUUGCUUAACAAGAGCUAGAUCAAUUUGCUUUGGAAUAAAUGAUUGAUUCUUGAAAUUGAUUUCUUCAAAGUAUUGGAAAUCAAUGAUAUCUUCAAGAGUGUUCAAAACAUGUUUGUUCAAAUUUCUGAUUAUUCAGAACUUUCACUGUGCGAUAAACCCUCUCAUAUUGGAUGUCAAACGGGGCAAAACUAGGUGAGUGGAAAGAAGGCACAGCUUUUGGUUGAGACAAUUUCAGUUAGCCUCCGUUGGAUUGGUGCUUAUUUUUGUCAUUUGAGUUGCUUUGCAUUGCGACGCCCGAAGUGGUUUCUCGGAAAAACGGUUAUUAGAUAAAACGUUCAUGGAAGAGCCGAUGUUAUUCUCUCGACGAGGUGUAUAAUAAGACAGAUGAUAAGAUUUAUGCAGAUUGAGUUGGAAAGUUGAUUCGUUUGAUAGAAACGACAAGAAUAAAAUUGUUUGAUUACUGCCAGCAUUAAAUUAACUAUACCAUUUGCUAAACAUUAUUGCAUAAUACUUACAAUUUACGUCAUAAUGCAAAAACAAAACCAAUCGCUUACC